AUGGCGAGUGCUCAUGUUAGUUUUUGCUGUUUUGUUAAUGCUGUGUUGUUUGACAGAAUCUUGGAGUUGGCUCAACACAAAACCUCAAAAACAGUCUGGGCCACGACUCCUUAUGAGAAGCUGAGCUGGGGCAACCAGGAGCCUGUAUGGCCCAUCUCCGCUUCAGCGCUCGGAGCCGCUCCAAGUGCAAGAAUCCAAUACCUAUCCAGGCACAAAAGAGAUUUCUCAGCAAGGGAGGACCACCGGAGGAAGGAGGAGGAGGCGACGGCGAGCCUCUUCAGGAAGACCCAGCGACCUUCCUCCAAGACGUCCCAGUACGAAAACACCCUGCGUUUGUCGACACCCAGAACCAGGACUCGAAGCUCCCAGGAUGCAGGGCCUCCUCACACGCCUCAGUGUGAAAAAAACUGUCCUGUGUGGCACACCGAUCCCAGGGUGAAAAGUGCCGUGAUCACACCUCGACUGCUGCAGCUUUCCAAACCCAAACUCGCACAUCCGGACUUCCAGAGGAGCAGGGAGAGCGUCGCUUCCAUCGUCUCGCUCUCAUCCAGAAAAGCUCGCAUCUCGCAGAGACUCGUCCAGCUGUCGCUGCCCAGACUGAAGGAGAGCAACAUCUGCUGCACACUUGGACAUCCAGAGGAAUCCAUCUGGACUGUUUCAAGAGCAGCGAGGAGAGCCACAGCGAGCGCUCGCAUUGACAUGCUGGCAGAACCAAAGCAGCUUUCCGAGGACUACAUCCCACCACGAGACCCAGAGUGGAGCCGGAAAAACGUCCAGUCCAUCUGAGUGCGCGUCACCAUCGAGUCGGUGUUUCACCAGACUGAACUCUUUGUGUUUUCCACCCCAGACUAAAGCAGAAACAUUUAAAGGUCGAAAUUCAGAUCCUGUAUUCGUGUUUCUGUGCUUUAUUUACAUUCACAGCAUCUUUAAUGGUAAUUACGACAGUUAUUUCGAGCGAAUUAUCACAGCUUGUGAACAGAAAAAGUAGUACCAAGAAUGGACCCCCGACUUACUGUGAAAUUAAGAGAGAUCCAACAGGGAAACACUGGAGUGUCUGUCUCUGUGUAGCUCUGUCAUCAUCAUCAUCAGCAUGUCUAUGAAAUCUUAAAUGAGUUAGCGUUGGAUUGGAUAUGGCUGACAUGAUAUAUUGCUGGUUUAAAUCUCUGAUGCCUUGGCAGAUUGA